AUGUUGCGCCGCCGCACGGGCAAGGACGACGCCCCUUCUGGCGACAGUAACGACAACAAGGACAAGCCCCGGCUGAACCGGAUCCAAACGGAAGAGGACAAACUUCGCGCUGAAUUCGAUGGCGCAAAGGUGAAGCAGCUGGUUAUCCGACCGCGAAGCAAACGUCGCAAUGGAUUCAUCUUCGUGCUGGGUGGCCUGUUCGGCAUAUUUAUCGCCCUGUUCUUCGCGAACCAGCAAGAGGUCAUUUCCUUGGACUCGCUGAUGGACUUGAACCUCGAAUCUUUGAUUGAUGUGAUACCCCAAGGAAUUGUGCGUGAUGCAAAGGCGUUCUCGCAACAUGAACGCGAUGCCGUCAGUUACGAUUCAUUCUCAGUUGGUUUACACCUUCAAGCACAAGGGGUCGAAGCGAAACACCCGGUCGUGAUGAUCCCCGGAGUCAUCUCAACCGGUCUGGAAAGUUGGGGCACCGGUGUCAAUUCGCGCCAGUAUUUCCGCCGUCGACUCUGGGGCAGCUGGAGCAUGAUGCGGGCACUGGUGAUGGAUAAAGCAGAAUGGAAGAAUCACAUCAUGCUCGAUCGUGAAACUGGUCUCGAUCCACCCGGCAUCAAGCUACGGGCUGCACAGGGAUUCGAUGCCACAGACUUCUUUAUUACUGGGUACUGGAUUUGGAAUAAGAUUCUCGAGAACCUGGCGACUAUUGGCUAUGACCCGACCAAUGCGUUUACUGCAGCUUAUGACUGGCGGCUAGCGUAUGGCAAUCUCGAAGUUCGCGACAAGUACUUCAGCCGGCUGAAAUCUUAUAUCGAAGCCGCGGUGGAGGGCCAGGGCGAGAAGAUUACACUGACAUCGCACAGUAUGGGAUCGCAGGUCGUGAUGUACUUUUUCAAAUGGGUGGAGAGCGAAGAUCACGGCAAGGGUGGCAAGGACUGGGUCAAUAAGCACAUUGACUCGUGGGUCAACAUCAGUGGAUGCAUGCUUGGUGCCGUCAAAGGACUUACCGCUGUGCUGUCCGGCGAGAUGCGCGAUACAGCACAACUGAACGCCUUUGCCGUGUACGGCCUGGAGAAGUUCUUGUCGAAGGAAGAGCGUGCAGAGAUCUUCCGAGCCAUGCCCGGCAUUUCUAGUAUGCUGCCCAAGGGCGGCGAAGCCGUUUGGGGCAACGCAACCUGGGCCCCGGAUGACCAGCCAGGGCAAGAAAUCAGCUUCGGCAAUCUGCUCAACUUCCGUGAGACCAACUCCUCCUGGACACGCCGCAACCUUACGGCCACCGAGAGUCUGCAGUACCUCCUGGACCAGAGUGAGGAUUGGUACCGCCAGCAGGUGCUGGGCAGCUACUCGCACGGUGUAGCCCAUACAAAGCGGGAAGUCGAGGCCAACGAGAAAGACCCACGGACGUGGUUAAACCCGCUCGAGGCCCGGUUGCCCUAUGCCCCGGAUAUGAAGAUUUACUGCUUCUAUGGCGUUGGAAAGCCCACGGAGCGGAGCUACUUCUACCAGGAGGAGCUUGAUCCCUUGGUCAAUCUUAAUGUUAGUAUCGACACUACCGUGACCAUUAACGAGCAUAUCGAUCACGGUGUCAUGAUGGGUGAAGGCGACGGUACUGUCAAUUUGCUCAGUACAGGCUAUAUGUGUGCCAAGGGUUGGCGCAUGAAGCGAUAUAACCCAGCGGGCUCGAAGAUCAAGGUCUUUGAGAUGCCCCAUGAACCGGACCGCUUCUCAGCACGCGGUGGCCCAAACACAGGUGACCACGUUGACAUCCUCGGCCGCGCCUCACUAAACGACCUUAUCCUCCGCGUCGCCGGUGGAAAAGGCGAUCUGAUCGAAGAGACAUUCGUGUCGAAUAUCCGCGAGUACGCAGAGCGUGUACAAAUUUUUGAUGACGAAUAA